UGUCAAACUUGUGAUAUUCUAGCACUACGCUAUUCCUGUGCCUAAAUCUUUUGCACCCUAUGCACCAAUACUAUUACAACUUUAAAUAUAAGAAUAAAUAAUGAAUUAAGAAAAUAAAUUUGGAGGAGAAAGGAUUGUAAAAAAAGAUUGUUGGUUUUGUUAGUAUCAUCGUUUGUUUUUGAAGGAGUAAGUAACUAACUAACUAAUCAGUCUGUAAGUAAGUAAGUAAUUAAAAAAGCAAUCUAAUAAAACAAUAAAUAACUAACUAACUUGCUUACUAACGAAGUGACUUAAUUAGCUAAUCACUAAGUAAGUGAAAAGCGUAAAUCAACAAAAUAAUCAAUUUUUUCAAAAUUUCUUGCUUUAUCAAUCAAUAAAUUAAGUUUUUACUAUAAAUCAAGUGUCAAACUUGUGAUAUUCUUGCACUACGCUAUUUCUGUGCCUAAAUCUUUUGCACCCUAUGCACCAAUACUAUUUUCCCUUUAAAUAUAAGAAUAAAUAAUGAAUUAAGAAAAUAAAUUUGGAGGAGAAAGGAUUGUAAAAAAAGAUUGUUGGUUUUGUUAGUAUCUUCGUUUGUUUUUGAAGGAGUAAGUAACUAAGUAACUAACUAAGUAAGUAA